UCCCGACACCCUCUUGGUUCUCCGUACUUUCUCCCUCCAUCGGCACACUUUCCUCUUGCAUUUGCGAACGCGCUGACCUUUGUUUCAUUAUGGCCAGACGAACACAGGCAACAAACAACAAUAGGGCGACGGCAUCGUCGGCACCUGUCCGUACGCGGACAGGUUGCUUGACCUGCCGUCGCCGAAAGUUGAAGUGUGACGAGGCGGCACCUGUCUGUGGACAGUGCCAAAAAUCAGGAAGACCCUGUGAGAGGGGCGAGGGAGUCGCUUUCAGACACCAACAAAAUGCCAGCAUGGAGCGUGACGAGUCUCUCAAGAGUUUCUACAACAGAGACGGCAAUGAAAGACGCUUCAGACAAGACACGUGCUUUUUGCCAAUUCCACAGACUUUGACCUGGGUAUCAGUCGAUCCCUCGUCUGAAGAUGCACCUACACAUUCUCCUCCACCAAACACAGCAGCCGCAGAUCCCUACCAACAAGUUGCAGCGCAUACGCUGGAAGCAUUGUCGACAGCAGCGGCAGAUCAUGUAUCCUACCCGCCUCAAGCAACGGCCUAUUACACUGCCAUGGCACCACACACAACUCCUCAUCCGGAGUAUGGCUUUGUCAGAUUGGAACAUGAAGAAGGACCAUCCUCAAAUCAGACAAACUACACAAACGGUCAGAAUCAAAACGCCAAUUUGAUGAUCGAUCCGAACUUGGAGACUACAGUCGCAGGUCCUGCCGACCAGGCUUCUACUGUGGACGAGGCGCGUGGCCCAAAUCAACCAAAACAAGAAGGUGAAGAGCAUCUUGGCCAAGGUGAUAGUGACGAGAUUGGAGACUCUGAGUCAAGGGUGGCAAUGGCACUUCAACACUUCAACGAGACAUGAUUGAAUGACCGUCUCAGCAGACGCAUGGCACGAUAAGAAGACGCGCACUUGUACAUUACGGCUGGCGAUGAAUUGUUUUUAUGGAUGAUACCCCAAAAUCAGGCGUCAUGGGAGGCCUUGCUUCAGCUAGACAUUCAGCAGCAGAAUCACUUUAGAGUUCAGGGUAUCGCAUCUUGUGU